CUCAUUCCUGACCAGGCUCUGAUUUACAGGAAGCAUAAAUGAAAAUGAAAGUAAGAAAGAGAAACUAGGGCGAGUUGUUUGUGCCGAGCAGCAGGCAGAAAGUGAGUUCUUCCUUUUCUACAUGAACUUCAAGGAAAACCCUUUUAUGUAACUCAGAGGAGAUAAAAGACUACAGGAGGUAAAGUUCCUUGUUUCCUGUCUGCGUCAUGCCGGACACUAAGCUCUGUCUGGAGGCUCUCUCAGCUCUCUCUGGCUGCAAUGUCGAGUCGACUACCGGAGCCUCCCAGAUCAACCCGCAGGACGUCGUCAACAUCGUAGCCCUGAAGGAGUAUUACAGACAGAAGGGCUUCAGAGAGCUGGAGUACCAUGUGGAGAGCUUAGGGACUUUAUCUCUGCAGGAUGUGGACGACAUGGACAUGUACAGUUCCCCCCCAGCGCUGACACCUGCCCCUGAAGAGAUCCUCAAAACCACGGUGAAGAUAAACCCCCAGGACUUCUUCCAUCCGCAGUUCGACUACGACUUCACCAAGAUAAAGGACGGCGACAGGAAGUUCCUGCGAGGUAAUGAGCAGUACGUUCGUCCCUGCGGGUGGAACCGGGUCGCCCUGCACGUCAUCCAGAAGUACGACGGCGGAGAUGGCUGGCUGGGGACGGGGAAGGACGCCUGGCCCGUCUCCUACCACGGACACAACAUGGACGGCUCCCUGGGCAUCAUCCUGACUCAUGAAGGGAACCCCAAAGAUGAACCGGAGUUUCUGGAUGCAGCGGCCGCCUCCGUGGUCACCAAGGACACCAGGGGCCGAGGCGUCUAUUCCACACCAGACAUCCACAUGGCAGAGAAACACUGCAAGAAGUUCAAGUCCAAAGUGGAUGGAAAGACGUACAAAGUGGUUCUCCAGAACCGCAUCAACCCGGACAAAAGGGUGAAGUGUCAGAGAGAAGAUGUGUGGUUGGUGUAUGUCCCUGAAGGACGCAACGACAUCCAGACGAGGGCCAUCGUCCAGGAGUCCAUCCGUCCCUACGGCCUGCUGCUGAAGGAGGCGUGAACCAGGACACGUAUGAACCCAUAGAUUCAGCCAGACGUCUUCUUAUCAACAUCAAAAAAAAAAUAAUCACGAAAAUCAGUUCACAGUUCUGUAAAGAUGUUUUAAAAGUUAUGCAGUGAAUUUACAGCUUUCAUGGUUUAAUGGUGCCUUCCUAGCGGCCUCAUCACGCUCUACUGAUGUGUGAUGACCUUGAUUCAACUCGGAGGUUGGAAAUUUCUGAAUCUGAAUUUGCAUUCUGAGCCCGAAGAGUUUCACGACUCCCAAACAUAAACACUCAACAUUAUAGAAACAGUGGAGGACAAGAUACGCACGUAAACAGUGGUGGAUGAAGAAUUCAGAGUCUUUCCUUCAGUAAAAGUACAAAUGCAGCAAAGAAAAAACUAUUCUGUUACAAGUUAAUGUACAGAGCAGCAAAAUGCAGUUUAUUAAUGGUGGAGCAUCCGUUUGUCAACAUUACUGUUGUUCCAGACAGACAGACAGACAGACAGAUAGAUACUUUAAAAAUCCUGAGGGAAAUUCAACAUUUGAACCAUUUUAAAUCCAGUUUUAAAGACAACAGCAGAUAAAUCUGAGGGCUCCAAACACGUUCAUAGGAAAGAAAGAGAAAAAAAUUUGGUGCUCAAACCCGUUUUCAAUUUUUUUUAACCUUUUUGCUGAGAUAUCAGAUCCCUGGAACAUUUACUGAGGAUUUCACUGUUAGAGCUGCUAACAUCUCAGAGACAUGAGGAAAAGAUUGGAAAUCACUGGUUUGGGUUGUUUUUGAAAACUUGCAUUUGAUCUGCUUAUUUAAAGUAACUCCAGCUGUCUGAUAAAUGCAGUAGAAAAUCUGAUAAUUCAUUUAAAAUGCGGUGCAGUGGAAGCAGAAAGGGCAGAAAAUAGUAAAGUACCUCAACAGCUGGACUUCAGCGCAGUACUUGAGUAAAUGUACUUAGUUACUUUCCACCACUGGAUAUAAGGUUGUCAGUUUUUCCAGUUGGAGCUCUGAAUUCAAGAGAAAUUUUCGAUUUUCCAAGUUGCUGCAAAAGCAGCAUUUUCAGGGAAUUUCUGCUGAUGUCUGUGAAGUUCAGUGUUUUAAGAAGCUUUAAUUAACGGACCUGAAGGACUCAGAGAUGGAUGAUUUAAGGAUUAAUGGUGGAUGGUUAGAAUGAAACCUGUGGAGAGGACAGGUUGAUUCAUGUCUACUGAUAUUUACCGAUACUCCCUAUUUUUUAUUCCUUACUGCUCAUAACUGAACUGUCCUGACAAACAAUCUGAUUUAACUCUGGUGGUUUUAUUAUUCUCACAGUUCACAUUUGAGAUGAUGAUGAUCUGGGUUAAAAUGUUGCUGAGUCAUGAUGCUGACGUUCAGCCUCACUGCUACGAAUUCAUUUUAACUGUAAUAUUCAAUAAUUCUCUGAUGUACUUUAUGAUUAUUCUUCUGUAGUCCAUCCAGCUAACAGGACUACAGAUAAUCAGUUCUUCCUGUUUUCUGUUUGAAUGUGUUCCUAACAUCUGUAUGGAAUUAAAUGGAGACAACACA